CAGCAUCUUCAGCUACAGAAAGGUCAUCAUCUGUCUCCCCAACCUCACCUUCACCCCAAACAAGUAAUAUUGAAGAUAAAGUAAGUGUUCUUGCAGUUUCCGUUUUAGGGAUUAUUCCUAAUGUGACGUUAUCUUUUGCCACAGUUACAUCUCCAGUGUUUUUCAGCACUGUGCCCCCCCUGUCAUCAAACACAGCUACUCCUCAUACUCUUUCUAGUCAGUUUUUAACAUCUGUAGAAUCAGGGAAAACAUCUUCUUCCCCAUUAUCAGAUAAGUCAGUUUCAGACAAAGACCUUAUAACUUCAACUGUCCAAAUAAUUGAUGAAAAUGAAACCAGCUCAUCCAUAACUGUCACGGGAGACGUUCUUUCAACAAGGCAAACUAUUGUUUUGUCAGAGCAAUCUUCACCAUUUUCUUUCUUAACAGCAACCAGUGAAACAGCCAAAUUCACUAGCCAGGCGGCUGUAGUCAUUUCCAGCUCACAGAGUACAGAUAUUUCUACUCUAAACUCUGAAACUACAAGUUUCUUAGGUCCCUUUAGUGAUGAGACAGAGUUUAUUCCAACUUCUGAAUAUAAUAAAGCAGAAAGUAAAACAGAAAAAGCUAUGUCUUCUUAUUUCACUACAAGCAACCCAUUAAUUACACAUGGAGCAGGUGCUUCUGUAGAACCUGCCAUGAUUUCAGAAUCUCCAUUGUAUAGUACAGCCAAUAAUAUACCCUCAGUACAUUCUGAUCAUGAAAUCAACUCGAGCGUUGAAUUUUCUUUUGUUGAAUCCUCAGCUAGUGAUUGGAUUACUAGUGAUCCUACCAGCACUGUUUCCUUUACAGACUUACCGAAUUAUGCAGAGGUAUCGCAUGAUCUUGCCACUACCCCCGUUUCUUCCAUAUUAAGGACAUUGUCAUUGUCUCCAGUGCACACAGAAAUUAAACAAAAUGCUGCAACAGAUGAAAUGGCAUCAACUGCUCCCUCUGUUACAAGCACUGAUAAUAUGUUAUUCAUAACAACAUUGAAUGCAACGGAGGGGGAAAGGGAGACAGAUCGAACUACAGCUGCAGGAAUUCCAUAUUUAUUUGAAACUUCUCUGCCAAUGGCCAUCCCCAGUGUCACUUCAAAUCAGAUGUCCACAUACAUUGAUAUGGAAGCCUCUGGUUUAGAAGAUGAUUUAGAGAUAAGUGCAGAUGGUUCUGGUCAAGAGUUGCUUACUAAAUUUGUCACCCCAUCGUUAAACACAUUCACUGCAGUUGCAGAUGGGGCAGAUCAUCCUAAAAGCACCUCUGGUGUCAUAAGUUCUGCAAUCCAAUCUCCAUACAUGAUAAUCACUGAGACGGCUGUCGCUCUAGAUUCUCUGAGCAUGUCCUCUAACAAUUUAGAUAGCCACACAUCACUUACUGCAGUAUCUUCUGAUAAAACAUCAGCCGAACCAACAGAAACAUUUUUUGAAACUUCUACAAUUCAGAGCAGUUUGGAUUUGGACGUGAACUCUGAGUUAUCUACAGGAACAUCUUCAGCUGUGCACAGCACAGGGAUACCUGACAGUACAAUAAGCACAGUCUCUUCUAUAUUUAGCACAGAGAGAAUUAUAAUAUCAAUGACUUCUAAUUUUGACACAGAGCAGACAACUAUCACACCUACUAAGUCUGAAAAAGUUACACAUAUUCCAUUAACUGAGGGCCACACUAAAUACACACCGUUGACUGAAAGCAUCUUAUUUGGAAAACCAACAGGGGAACCGGAAACUCAUCUUUCAGUCAAACCAACAUCUACGGAAGGGGUUUCCUCACAUGAUGCAGAAAGCACUUCUGUUGUUGUUGAUACCUCCGAGUCAUUAGCUUCUAGGUCAAUAUCAACCAGCACAGCCAUCAUAUUUACAGACGAUGUGAAGGAUGAAGAUAAGCUCUUCUCUGCUGUUACCGACAGUAUGACUGAAGAGGUGACAAAUGCUGAGCUCAUAGCCAAAGAUGACUCCAUCAUUCAUGGAAAUACGCUUUCUAUUCAAGCAUAUUCAAUUCGCCCAACUAUCCAGACAGAAGAAUCUGGAGGAAUAACAAUGACUCAAAUAAUUGAGGGAACAGGAAAGGGAGAUGGUUCAGGAAGUAUUUCUCCCACCUACUUUACCUCUUCACCUAAAAUAUCCUCGGCAACUGGUGAAAAUUUAGAUUUUACAUCUUUUGAAUAUUCACAGCCUACCUCAAAAUCAUCGGUUGUAGAACACGUUUCUACAAUGGAGACAUCCAGUGAAGACACAGUCACAUUAUCUCUGAAUGCUAUGGUAGCUACACUGGAUAUGACCAAAGACACCUUAAGUUCCUCGUCCACAAAAGCCACGGCCCCUCCAGUCACUGACACCCCAUAUACACUAAUGUCCAGUGAAGCAGUAGCAAAGAAACUAACCAGUGAUACCAGCAAUGGCCAGUCACACACCACAACACAAUCUAAAGUACCCGAUACGGAUAUACCCCAAACUGAUGUAUCAACCAAAUUGCUGGAAGAUAAGUCCACUCAAGCUCCUUUAAAUAAAGACGCCUCACCUUAUACCAACAGCACAGAUAGUAAAGCCCAGGAAACAUCAACUCAUGCUGGAACCUCUCCUAGUGACCAGACAGCCUCUGAGCAGAAAGAGUCUUCUGGAACGAAAACCACAACGCAAGAAUCCAAAACUGACAUAUCUUCUGAGAGUUCAACUGAACAAUCUCCGAAAGAAAGAACACAUUUAACUACAAAGCCAACACAGAAAAAACCAUCAAAGACUGACUCAUCUUUUUUUAGCACUGAGGUUCCUUUGGUAGCUUCUAUAAGAGUUUCAACUGGUAAAGAAGGCACAGAACAGGCAUCACAAAACACAUCAUCAACAUCACCUAUAAUUCAGACGGGUGGCAGUCCAAAAACUACACCAUCCCUACAGAUAGGCAUGUUGGAUAAAGAAAACGCUGGGAGUGAAUCAUCAGAAGAUCCAUUAAUUUCCAUUAAUCCCACUUCAAGUGUUCCUUCAACAUCAGCACAGUCAGCAUCACAGCCUGAUGUUAUAGUCCAGUUUGUCACAACAGGUUCUCCUGUUCAUCGCCUGACAACUCCUCUGGAAUCCUUUGAGCAAGUAAAGUCAGAAAUCACACUAACACACCAUCCCAACACAGACUUUUUGUCCGAGGAUGCCUCACUUACUACAACUAAUCCUAGUUUUGAAAGUCAUGAACGUAGUCAUAGCACCAAAUCAACAACUCACGCUGUUGCAUCUCUUGUGGCUGAACCAGGAACAUCUGCAGCAGAUGAUGGAUCUGUUGAGCCAACUCCUACUAAAAAGUACCCUCUUGAUUAUAUUAUUGAAGAUAAUCCAUCCCCAGAUUAUGACGCACCAAACCUCAAUUUGCUUGAAUCUGUUUCACAAAUCCAGCAGAAUUUAUCUGGUGACACAGAUAGCAGCUCAAAAGAAAAUGCAACAAAGCCACCAGUUGCUGCAGAAGCUGUUACCAUACUACCAUUUGCAUCAGCCAAUGUCAUUUCAACAUCAGGCUCUGGACCUGAGAGCAGCUCUGAGUCUGAUAGCUCCUCUAGUGAGAUGUUCACCACACAUAAACCAAACAUUGACAUUAGAGAAAAAGAACAGUCUUUGUCAAUUGAUGGAAUACAGUCUGUGUUUAAGGCAGAUGCUACGACACCUUCAUUUGUGAAAUAUGUCCCUACUGAGAACACCUCAGGUAAUCAAGACAAUGAAGAAGAAAAUACAGAUGUCUCUCUUCGCACUGAAAUGCCAACAGAGAUCCACAAAGAGUUUACUACGUUGGUAGCUCAGACACAAAGUGAGUCAACAUUAGGGGCCACUUCUUCAUCAUCUUCCUCAAAGGAUGCCUCUACACCUUCAUCACUUACUGAAGUCCAGCCACCGGUGAAAGAGGAAGUUACAACUGUCACACCAGAUGCAGAACUGGAUUUGGGACACACUGUUGUUGGCGAACCAGUUGAAAUUCCAGGCCUUCACUCCUGUACCGUUGACGUUUGUCUGAAUGGGGGAACCUGCCACAAAGUCAGUGGUCUCCCUACGUGUAGUUGUGCUCCUGGUUACACAGGUUAUCAGUGUGAGACAGAUAUGGAUGAAUGCCAGUCUAACCCUUGCCGGAAUGGCGGUACAUGUGUUGAUGGCAUAGCUUCCUUCACAUGUGUGUGCCUCUCCAGCUACUCGGGACUGUUUUGUGAAGAAGAUACAGAAACAUGCGAUUAUGGCUGGCACAAGUUCCAGGGCCACUGCUAUAAGUACAUGCCCCAGAGGAAAAACUGGGAUACAGCAGAAAGGGAGUGUCGUAUGCAAGGCGCUCAUCUCACCAGCAUCCUUUCCCAUGAGGAGCAACAAUUUGUCAACCGCCUUGGACAGGACUACCAGUGGAUUGGUCUAAAUGAUAAGAUGUUUGACAAUGACUUCCGCUGGACUGAUGGCAGCCCUGUGCAAUAUGAAAACUGGAGACCAAACCAGCCAGACAGCUUCUUCUCUUCUGGCGAGGACUGUGUGGUGAUGAUCUGGCAUGAGGACGGUCAGUGGAAUGACAUUCCCUGUAACUACCACCUUACAUUCACCUGCAAGAAGGGCACAGUGGCUUGCAACCAGCCCCCUCUGGUGGCCAACGCACGCACCUUUGGAAAAAAACGUGAGAGGUACGAGAUCAACUCACUGGUGCGGUACCAGUGUCAGACAGGCUACAUUCAGAGGCAUGUACCAACUAUCCGUUGCCGUGGUGAUGGACGAUGGGAUGUUCCUAAAAUUACAUGCAUAACCCCAUCGAGCUAUCAGAGACCCUUUGUCAGACGACAUGAGCACAGAAGCCUCUACAGUGUUAACAACUUCAAAAGGCCGGAGGACGCCAUCAACUAUCGUCCUCAGCGCUACAGAGGGAGGAGGGAAAGGACUGGACACAAGCAGAGGAAGCUGUAAUUGAGGCUUCUUCUUAAAACCCGCACUGCUAACAAUGGUCUGAAAAUAGGAAGAAAAAAAUUUAAAUGAAAAGUAAAAAGAGAAGAAACCUAUGUACAGGAUAACCUGUAGGCUCCCAGUAUGUGGGACAACGAGGGAAUCAUCUUAUGAAGUGCCUUUUCAAGAGAUGUUGACACGUCACUUUGUUUUAAUAACUGGCUCUGUGUCACAGCAGUGUCAGUGUAUAUUAAACACUUUCAGCUGGCUACUGGAAACAGACAAUAUUCUCAUCAGUUUUGCUUAGAAAAAACUGUGGACAUUUUUUAUUUUUCCUGAGUUUAUGAAGCCAUACAUUCACGACUGAUGCUUCAGGCCUUUGUGAACCAAUUGUGCUUUUGAAAAUAAUCCCAAGUGUUCCUUAAUCUUUGAGCACUCUUAUGAAAUUAUAGCUCUUAUAAAAACGUAAAGGAAUGGGUCAUGUUGUUGUUGCUGUUUUUAAUCUGCCGUAUGCCUUCAAGAAAUGUAUGCAUUGUCAAAAGAGAUGAUUGUCGUCAUGGAACUAAGGCACAUUUUUGGUACAAAUUUACAUACAUUACAUGAGUGAAAAACUAUAUGUUGAUGUCUUUUUUUUCUAGUGGUAUUUAUUUGCAUUCCACAUUAACAAUAGACGAACGUCUGAGCAGGAUUUGUUCAGUGAACUGCUGGAGCACCUUUUUUUGAAGCAGCAACUUUCAAAGCACCAAGAAAGUAUCUUUCCUUAAGAGCCUUUUACUGUAUGUUAGCAGAGAAAGUCUUUAUGUACAGGAAUUUUAACAAAUGACAUUUCAAUUUAAUUUCCCUGCUUUUUCCUGCAAAGGAAGACAAUCUUCAUCCUUGUUUCAAGUUGAAAGAAUGGAAAGUGUCAAGUCAGUUAUAUGUUUUGCCUGUGUAUGUGCAUCAUUUCACAAAGUCUGUCAUCUAUUGCUGCUGUGCUUCAGCUAAGUGUUUUAAUGUUUUUAAUAGUUAAAAAGAAUCAGCCAACCAAGAGAAUGUAUUUUUUUGUGAAACACUCGUAGAGACUUGAACGUAACGUUUUUUUAGACAGAGAUACGUUAUUUGUUUUCAAGCUGCUUGUGACAGUUUUACUUGGUUCAGUACCUACAAGUGAAAUAAGAUGCUGUCAUUCAGCCCAGCAGUGCUGUUCAUAUGUAUUCAACAGGAAAACAAGCCACAACCACAGACUGUCUCAAUGAGCUACAUUGAAGAUGAAAUAUUUCCUAAUAACACAAUUAACUUUGCCACUUUUUCACAUCUGGAAUGCCAUAAACAGUGGACCAAAGAUCAUAGAGGGCCCCAACGGCUGCAAUAAUAAUGUUCUGUUCUGUUAACCAAAUACUUACAUGUGAAUGGCUGUGAGUGUGAAUCUACAGCCAUUUGUAAAUGGAGAUAUGUUUUUAGUCCACCUGUGAAUGUGUGUGUUUCAGCCUUCAUGUGCACAUAAUAUCAUAUUUAUAGCAUUUUUUGUAUUAUUUUACAAUGUGAAUGUCUUGGAUGUUUGUUGAUUUUUUUAAAAAAAGAAAAACAAACAUGUUCCCUG